AUGGCCGAAUCAGCUGAAGUUGAUUACACCCUUAACAACCCCGACACCCUAACCAAGUACAAGACUGCCGCCCAGAUCUCUCACAAAGUCCUCGAGGCCGUCACAGGAUGGUGCGUUGAGGGCGCAAAGAUCCUGGAGCUGUGCGAGAAGGGUGAUAAGCUCCUGGAUGAGGAAGUGAGCAAGGUCUACAAGGGCAAAAAGGUCCCGAAAGGUAUCUCCCACCCAACUACGGUUUCUCCGAGUUCGUAUGUGACACCAUAUACUCCCUUGGCGUCCGAUGCGGAGGAAGCUGCGACAACAUUGAAAGAGGGCGAGGUUGUGAAGAUCCAACUGGGCGCCCAAAUCGAUGGUUUUGGAACCAUUGUUUGUGAUACCAUCAUCGUCCCAUCCGCCAGUGGUCCCAAGGAGAAGAUCACCGGCCGUGAGGCAGACUUGCUCUUAGCUACCUACUACGCUAAUGAGCUUCUUCUCAGACUCAUGGUCCCUCCGGGCCUUUUGGCGACUGGCACAGAGGAAGAAAAGAAGAAAGCCGCAGCUGAAAAGCCCCCCACUCAAGCAAAGAUCUCCACUCUGCUAGAGAAAGUGGCGAAGAGCUAUGACUGCAACGUGGUCGAGAACACCACCACUUGGCUCUUUGAGCACAAUGAAAUCGAGGGAAAGAAGAAGAUCAUCGUUGCACCCGGUGCAGGCGUGAAGGGAGAGGGGAGCCCCGAGGUCCCCGAAGUGUGGGGCGUUGAGGUUGGACUCAGUCUUGGAUCUGGCAAAGUCAAGACCCUCGAGCACAGAGCCACGCUGCAUCGUCGUACCACCACCACUUAUAUCCUGAAGCGACCAAGCUCCAGACAGACUCUAUCUGAGAUUGUCAGGAAGUUCGGUACCUUCCCGUUCAGUCUCCGUCAGCUUGACGAUGAGAAGGCCGGCAAGGUCGGUGUGGUCGAGUGUGUCCGUGGUGGAGUUGUUCGCCAGUACGAUCCCGCUGGAGAGGCCGACGGUGCUCCGGUUUCUCGACUGCUCACGACUGUUGCCAUUCUCAAGAACGGCAUGACCCGGCUGGCCGCCCCUCCUCCACUCGACCUCUCCAAGGUCGAAUCCGACAAGAAGAUUACAGAUGAAGAAAUCCUGAAGAUCCUCGAGAAACCCCUUGCCAAAUCCACAGGCGCCAAAGGCAAAAACAAGAAGAAGAAGAAGAAGCCCGCUAAGAAGCAGGCCGAAGAUGCUGAAGAGUCUUCGAGCGAGGAGGAGUAAACGCACUCAACUCUACCUUUUCCCCUUUUUCAUUUUUUUUUUUUCUUUUUUUUUCAGGAUGUUUCCGUUCUGUGGCAGCUGGACUCGGUACUGUGUGGUGACCUGGUGUCUGUUCGCUUAGGGAUCUGUCUACUUGGGACUCUCUUGAUUUUCAAAAUGGUUCUACAGCGAUCUGUACCUUGAUGGCAGGACUUGGAUGGAUAGCUGCGGAUCAGGAGACAC